AUGGAACUAUUGAAAGCUAGCUAUGGGAUUGAGAAACUUCAGGACUCGGUGCGCGAGCGUUGUCGGCUGCUCAAAACACUACAUAUGAGCCCCUCUACGAAUGACACGAUAAACUUGAAGAAACAGCUAAAUUCCACGAUAGAAGCGUUGAAAGAGGCCGAAAAGAGCGUAACAGGAAGCGAGAUGUUGGAAUUGGAGAGUCUAGUAAACAGAUACAACUUGAUAGUGGCCGAUAUUCCUGACCAGGCGGUAGAAAAGAGCCUUUACACUUUCACAAGGAAGACUAACCCUAGCAGUAAAUCUAGUGCAUCUAGCACAACGGAAUCCAAAAAAGUGCGUUUCAAAGAUAAUGUUGCCGAGUUCCGGGACCAUCCUAAUGAGCCGUCUGGGGAUUCUCAGGCUCAAUUCGAACCUUACAAAGAUGAUCCAGAUCUCGAUUCUCAAAAUGAUGACCGAGAAGCAGACAGAAACAGACUCUUCGGUAAUAACACCAGAGACUCUUUUGAUAACAGCACACCGUUAACGAUAGCACCACAGCUUUCUAACCAGGACCUCUUUAUUCAGCAGCAGCAACAGUUGCUGGAACAGGACUCACAUUUGGAAGACCUUUCAAGAUCUGUCCAAAAGGGCCAUGGUCUUUCGCUGGACAUUAACCACGAACUGACUGACCAAAAUGACAGCGUUCUGCGAGACCUGGAAAGUCUGGUCGACAACAGUGGCAGAAACCUCGAUCGUGCCAAGAAAAAGCUACACGUGUAUGAGAAAACCGCUCGAAUAAAUGGACCCUGUCUGAUCAUUGUGCUGCUUGUUAUUAUACUGAUCUUGCUGUUGGUGGUGCUGUAA